ACCAGUCGCCAUCACACCAGACCACGAGCACCACAACCAAGACAUCUACACAUCGCGAUCUGGACCUUGCCAGCAUUCCAACAGCAAGCAUCAAGCACCGUACCUGACAUCAAUUGCCUCUAAUCUCAGGCAAUGACGACGGCCUGCUAUACGACUUAUCAGCAGUAUCUCAACGGCAUUCAGUAUCCUACCGAACCAUACCAACCAACAUCACCCACGCUUGGGCCAACAUCGAAACACGGAGUGUACUACUGCCUCUAUUUGCAAUGCAACGGACAAGGCUUCUCCCGGUACGCCGAUCUGCAACGACAUACCGCUGUCAUACACAAUCCAGAGACACUGGAGCGCAUCGACUGCGACUAUCCGGGCUGUCUGCGACGCGGUAACCUCGGCUUCUCGCGCAAGGACAAGAUGAUCGAUCACAAGCGCGAAGUACACAAAGUGGCCAUCCCUAAGCGAGUGCUGACACGGAAGUGA